CACCUUAGAUUUUUUCACAAUCAGUCAGACCGCAGUAAAAGUUGUAAUCAGAGACAGAUAUUUUUGCGCGUGUGUUAUUAUAUUCUAGAUAAAUGUGUUUAAACAUGCGAAAAGUACACAAAAUAAUCUAAAAAACUGUUAUCAAAUCUUUGUUUUGGUGAUAUUAUGUCGUUAAGAUUUGUGAAACGUCACGUAAACAAUAUUUUAACACCUAAAGUGCUAAUGUUAUCAAUGUAUUGCAUAAUACAUCCACAGAUUAAAUCGGUACGCCAGGGUACGUUUAUGAUUAAAUUAUUCUAUAACUGACAGCCCUGACAGUGCAGACCAAAGGUGCAGACAAUCACAAGUCAAAAAUCAAACGUUGAGUCAGAAAUAGACGUAAACAUGCAAAUUUUGAGAAAGUAAAAUACAAGAAGCUAAAGUUAAAACUUAUCAAGAAUGGGAUUCCUGACAAUUUUGAAAAAACUCCGUCAGAAGGAGAAAGAAAUGCGUAUACUUAUGCUUGGUUUAGACAAUGCCGGUAAGACUACGAUACUGAAGCGGUUCAAUGGCGAGCCCAUAGACACGAUCUCACCCACCCUUGGAUUCAACAUAAAGACUCUGGAGCAUCGGGGAUUUAAACUCAAUAUUUGGGAUGUUGGUGGACAGAAAUCUCUGAGAUCCUACUGGAAGAAUUACUUCGAAAGCACAGAUGGAGUAGCGUGGGUGGUGGACAGUGCAGACGCGCGACGGCUGUCGGACUGCGCGCGAGAGCUGCACUCGUUGUUACGAGAGGAGAGGCUCGCGGGCGCCACUCUGCUUGUCUUAGCUAACAAAGCCGAUUUACCUGGGGCACUGACUGUUCAGCAGAUUAAAGAGGCUCUAGACCUGGACAGUAUAAAGACGCACCACUGGCGCAUCGUGCGGUGCUCCGCAGUCACCGGGGAGAACCUCCUCGACGGCAUGGACUGGAUGUUGGACGACAUCGCCUCCAGGAUAUUCACAUUAGACUAAUCUCAGUGCUGGUUAGCCAGAAUGAUCUUUUUACAACGGAAGUAAUUUCGCCCAGAGAAUGUAAUUCCAUAAUUUUAACAAAGACUUAUGUCAAUACAUGACAGAUGUAGAAAUGCUUUAGGUUUUUUUAGAAAAUGUAUUACAUUUUAUGGGAUAUCUGUCUUAUAAUUAUUUGCGCUUUUAAUAUUCUAAUAAGAACAAAGUUUAUUGACGUGUGCAGCUUGACAGAAUUUCAUAUUAUGUGUCACACAGCUAUGUGACUGUAAGAGAUCUAAUAAAAACAUGAAUACAUACUUUGUUAUGCUGCACUGAGUCAGUUAACUAUAGAAAAAUAAAAUCAAUGUGAUUUUUCUUAGUACAGAAUGUUGAUUGAUUAUGCUAUUUAUUUAGAAGCAAUCGUUUUGCUAUUAAAAUAUGAAAAUUAAAUGUAUGUCAAAUGGCAUGUUUAACAACUAUUGCACGAAAAUGUAAUAAAUAAGCACUUGGCUUUUUUUUUACUACUCUCGCUUGAAAUGUUUCUCUUAUUUAAAGGAAAUAUUUAUAACCUGUGAUGAUUUUAUAAAUUCCUUGUCUAUUAAUAAACAUUUUUUUUACAAACUUA